AUGAUCCUAUCAAAAUCUGAAUCAGCAUGGCUUCAUCACCUUCCGCUAAGAGCCAUUCCCAUUGAAACCAUUGCCAUGAGACGACAAAGAACUUCGCUAAACCCACCACAACCAAUUGCUGAAAUUGAUCUGCAUGGAUUUACCAAAGUAGAGGCCAUUCAAAGGCUGACGAUAUUUAUGGAUGAAGUUAGCCGUCAAUCCAAGAGACCUACUCGCACUUGCUGGGUCUUGGUUAUUACUGGAAGUGGAGCCCAUAGUCCUUAUGGUCCCGUCCUUCGAACGGCAGUAGAGGGAUUGCUUCAGAAACGUCAGAUGGAGUAUGUUCCACAAAGAGGCAAGGGAGGAUUCAUCGUCAAUGCCCAUUCCGGAAUUGUCUUUUUCGAACCAGAACAACCAACGGAUAGCAAAGUUGUUACUUCCCAUCAAAAUCCAAGUCUAUCGUAUGCAUCCAUCUUGGACAAGCAUCGAGAUCGAGUGCGGGCUCCUCCUUCUGAUGUACAGUCGGAACCCUUGCCGUUUGAGGUUGCGGCUACGGAUUCAGCAAUAGAAGAAAGUCGGAUAGAGGCGCAACGGGCACUAGGUAGAGAAGAAAAAGAAAAACAUCUUUUGAAAAAGGCUUUGUCUAUGUCGGCUUUGGAACAAGAGCAAGAACAAGAAGAGGAAACCAAACUAUUGAAAAAAGCCCUGUCGCUAUCCAUGGCGGAAGCGACACCGGAGCCUAAUGAGAAUGAAGAAGAAGAACUCCAGGAAGCACUACUGGUAAGCCAACAGGAGGAGGAAGAAAAACGCAGGGAACAGCAACGGGAAGAGGAUCUUUUGCUUCAGCGCGCUCUCUCCAUGUCCGUUCUGGAAAAGCGACAAGAACUACACGAUGAAGACGAAUUGCUCCAAAAGGCCCUUUCGCUUUCGAAACUCGAAGUCAAUAGUAGUGCUGACCGAGAAAUAAAAGCGGCGUUGGAAGCAUCCGUGGGGGAUUUCAGCGCUGCUUUCCUGAAUUAUGGUGUACCUCAAAAGAAUUCUGACAUUACAGGAAUAAUAUCCUUCGAGAUGGAUGAAAGGAUAUAUGAUCAAAUGCCACAAGAUGUGAGGAACCAUCGUCCUUGCCGAUAA